AUGUCCAAAGACGAGACCAGAGCAAAUGCAAGCGACAGCGAAGACGAAGAGGACGUCUUCCACGACGCCCGCUUCCCCGCCGACGAGGAGACGAAACUCCUCGAAGAAUCCCGCUCCCUCAAAGCCGAAGCAAACCAGCUCUUCACGGCCGCCAGCUACGACGACGCCAUCACCUGCUACGACCGCGCCCUGGCCGCGUGCCCCAACUACCUCGACUACGAAGUCGCCGUGCUGCGCAGCAACAUGGCCGCCUGCUACCUGAAGCUGGACGACUGGAAGGCCUCCGUGGACGCGGCGACGGCGUGUCUCGACCGGCUGGAGAAAGUGCUGCCGUCGACGACCACAAACACCGAGGCAAGCCGGACAGCGGAUACAGCGGCGGAGGCGGUCGUGGAGAUCACCGGGGACGACCACGAGGCCGAGGAGGCGCAGCUGCAGCGUCUGCAGGAGCGGGACCAGACGACGCGCGACGUGCUGCGGAUCCGCGCGAAGGCGCUGAUGCGCCGCGCGCGCGCCCGCAUGCAGCUCGGCGGCUGGGCGAAUUUGCAGGGCGCCGAGGAGGACUACAAGGCGCUGGCGGCCAUGGAUAACCUCCCGCCGGAGGAUCGGCGCGUCGUGCAGAAGGGCUUGCGCGACCUGCCGGACCGGAUCGCCCAGGCCCGUGAGAAGGAUAUGGCCGAGAUGAUGGGCAAGCUGAAAGAUCUGGGCAAUGGGAUUCUCAAGCCCUUUGGUCUCUCUACCGAGAACUUCAAGUUCGUCCAGGACCCCAAGACCGGCGGGUAUAGCAUGAACUUCCAGUCCGGUUGA